AAUCAUCGAUGAUGGGGACGGGGGGAGCCAUUCGGCUUCGCUGCUGCUACUGUCGCCGCUGACAACUGAAAGGCCUCUCAUCCUUGCGAUCCUCCUCUCUCAAGCUCUGAUAUUACAGUGAUGGCGUUCUUGAACAAAACCACUAUGUUUUCACGCUUUCAGUCAAAUAUUGAGAAGACGGAGAAUCAAUUUGCUUUUGCACGCCGUUCUAUGCACAUAGAACCAGGAGCUCGCGAGAAAGCUCUCUUGAAAGAAGAUCCUGCAUUAAAGUGGUUCAAAUCACAUAAGAAGAGUGUUUGGAGACUCAAACGAAUUGGGGAUGUGCUCACUAUUGUUGUCGUUGCUGGCUGUUGUUAUGAAAUUUAUGUGAAAGCAGUAAUGCGGGAAGAAGAUCGGAAACAGGCACGUGCGACAAGCGAGGGAGCAUGAUAAACAAGAUAUUCCCUUGUAAGAAAUCAUGUUUUCAUUUUGGUAAAAUCACCAUCUCCUAGUGAAGGUUUUCCAGGAGUGUUAUUAAGCUGUAGUUUCAAGCUGUCUGACUAAGUAGGAGCAAACUCGUUAGCUUCAUUUAGUUGAAUUAAACUUAGAAAGCAGUAUCCUUAGAAAGUAUGUUUUUGUUGACUUUGGAGUUGUGUGGAAAUGUCUGAAAACAAAUUUAACAUAGUGUAUUGAUUCGCCUCAAGCGAUUGAUGAUGAAAAUGCCCUUGCGAUGCGUAGAGUGGA